GACUUACCACUUCGUUGACCGAAUUCACUGUAUGGUACCCAAAGUGAAGUCCUUGAGCGAACAAGUAUAUCUACCUGUGACAAGUCACCCAUCUUCAACCCCUUUCCUACCAAAACACACAGACUCAGCAACACCCUUCACAAUUCUGAGUAGAUCAAAAUCCUGGUUUCAUCUCCAGCAGAUUCACUCCUCUCCCCAAAUCCAACAUGGCACCCCCAGCAGUCCUCAUGGUUGGAACGGGCGAGUACACGACAGGGUUCGUGGCAGGGUCAGCGUCGACUUCGGACAAGAAAGUUGGCGUUGUGGGAUUAACAUUAUUCGACCUCCGACGACGAGGCAAAGUAUCUGACCUCUCAAUGGUCGGAGUAUCCGGGAGAAAAUUCCCUGCUAUCCGGCAACACCUGGAACAGAACAUCCAACAAGCAUACAACGGACUAGACGUUUCAUUCACAUCAUACCCUAGCGAUGAGGAAACCGACCCAGAUGCAUACAAGAGAGCAAUCGACGCCCUACCGACCGGAUCCGCCAUCACCAUCUUCACACCCGACUCGACACACUACGAUAUCGCACGGUAUGCGAUCGAACGGUCGAUCCACGUGAUGAUCACCAAACCUGCAACCCAACUCCUCUCCCACCAUCUAGAAUUGAUCUCCCUAGCGGACGAACACGGCGUCUUCGUCUACAUUGAACACCAUAAACGAUUCGACCCAGCUUACCAGGAUGCACGGUUCCGGGCUCGGAAUCUCGGCGACUUCAACUAUUUCUACAGUUACAUGUCCCAACCGAAAUCGCAACUCGAGACCUUCAAGGCCUGGGCGGGCCGUGAUUCGGAUAUCUCCUACUACCUCAAUUCGCACCACGUGGAUAUCUGCGAAUGGCUGGUUCGAGAUGCCGGAUGGCGACCAUCGACGGUACGGGCGAGUGCAAGUAGUGGUAUCGCCACCUCAGUCGGAUGUGUUGCUGGCACGGAGGACACCAUCACAUUACUGGUUGAUUGGACGAGAGAUGGCGAUGAUGGUGGUGAUGGUGGUGGUAGUGGGAAGCGUGCGACAGGAAUCUUUACCGCUUCGUGGACCGCGCCUUUACAGGCCGGGGUUCAUUCGCAGCAACAUUUUCAUUAUAUUGCCUCAAAGGGUGAGAUUAAUGUGAACCAGGCGAAGCGUGGGUAUGAGGUGUUGGAUGAGGCGGAGAUAGGCUCUUCUUCGGCUUUGAAGUGGUAUAAUCCGUUUUAUAUGCGUUAUGCUCCGGAUGAGGAGGGGAAUUUCAAUGGUCAGUCUGGUUAUGGAUAUGUCAGUUUUGAGAAAUUCAUCGAUGCUGUCACUGCCGUCAAUGAUGGAAAGGUCACGUUGGACGAGCUGAAUCGGAGAGGUUUGCCUACGUUGAGGAACACUGUCUACACUACUGCCAUCUUGGAGGCUGGCCGGAGGAGUCUCGAUGAAAAUGGGAGAUCAGUUCAGAUCCUCGGUGACGGGGUUAAUGUCACAUUGAAGUGACCGAGGAUGGUUCCCACGUUGGAGAAUUCCAGCUCAACCUCAUUCUGUACCUCGAGGCAUGAAGUCAUGAGGCUAUGAAUAACAUCCUUA